AUGCCCGUCACCAAGUUCUCCCACCCGGAUCCGUAUACCUACCAGACCGGUUUCGACUCCUACCACGAGUCCGAAGCCAUCGAGGGGGCUCUCCCUGUCGGCCACAACUCGCCGCAAAAGGCUCCGCAUGGUCUGUACGCUGAGAAGCUGUCCGGUACGGCCUUUACUGCACCUCGCCAUGAGAACAAGCAGACAUGGGUGUACCGCAUACUCCCCGCUGCCGCCCAUGCGAACUUUGUCGCUGAAGAUGCCGAUUCCUAUCACACGCGCAUGACCACCGAGACACACAAACUCCACCAUAUCCCCAAUCAGCUGCGGUGGAACCCCUUCGACUUGGAUGAGAAAGUGGACUGGGUUCACGGUCUGCACCUGGUUGCGGGCUCGGGAGACCCAACAUUGAAGCAGGGGUUGGGUAUCUUGCUCUACGCAGCUGGAAAGGAUAUGGGCAAGGAAGCUUUUUACUCUGCAGAUGGCGAUUUCCUGAUCGUGCCUCAGCAUGGUGUUUUGGAUAUCCAGACGGAGCUGGGUCGUAUUAUUCUGCGUCCCAAUGAGAUUGCAGUUAUUCCCCGUGGUGUCCGAUACCGCGUGACUCUCCCCGCCGGUCCUGUGCGAGGCUACAUUUGCGAGCUGUACCAGGGUCAUUAUCAGCUGCCCGAGCUAGGCCCCAUUGGAUCCAAUGGUUUGGCUAAUGCUCGCGACUUCCAGGCCCCCGUCGCAGCCUUUGAUGACGAGGAGGAACCCGCCGAGUAUAAGUUGUACAGCAAGUUUAACAACACCCUAUUCUCCGCCCGCCAGAACCACACUCCCUUCGACGUGGUCGCCUGGCACGGUAACUACUACCCCUACAAGUAUGAUCUGGGCCGAUUCAACACCAUCGGCUCAGUUUCAUUCGACCAUCCUGAUCCAUCCAUCUACACCGUCCUGACCGGUCCCUCCGAUCAUGUCGGUACUGCCAUUGCCGACUUUGUCAUUUUCCCUCCUCGCUGGCUCGUGGCAGAAAACACCUUCCGACCUCCAUGGUAUCACCGCAACACCAUGUCCGAGUUCAUGGGUCUGAUCUAUGGUGGCUACGACGCGAAGACCGGAGGUGGCUUCCAGCCUGCUGGUGCUAGUUUGCAUAACGUGAUGAGUGCUCACGGCCCGGACUCGGAUGCGUUCGAGGGUGCUAGCACUGCUGAGCUGAAACCGAAUAAGGUCGGUGACGGCAGCAUGGCGUUUAUGUUUGAGAGCUCGCUCAUGGUCGGUGUCUCCGAAUGGGGCCUGAAGACCUGCGAGAAGGUGCAGGACGAAUACAACCAGCACAGUUGGGAGCCUUUGAAGCGCCACUUCAAGAACCCUAACAAGGCUUAA